AUGGAAGACCGAGCGAGAAAUGAAGCUGUUAUUACAAUAAAUGAUGGAAUUCUUAGAGGAAGUAAAAAUAGGGGAAAUUAUUAUAGUUUCAUUGGAAUCCGAUAUGGAAGACCUCCAUAUGGUGAUAGACGAUUUAGAGCAGCUCUUCCGGAGCCUGCUUGGGAUGGUGAAAAACGUGCAACAGCUUAUGGACCACAGUGCCCUCAAACUCCAAUAUUAAAUGGCGGAAAAUUUACAGGAGAAGAAGACUGUUUAUUUUUAAAUGUGUAUUUAAAGGAUUUUCCCAAAGCUAAUGAAAGCCUGCCUGUAAUGGUUUAUAUUCACGGUGGUGCUUUUAAAGGCGGCUCCGGAGAUUUCCUCAUCACAGGACCAGAAUAUCUCAUACAAGAAAAUAUUAUUCUUGUAACGUUAAACUAUCGAUUAGGACCGCUAGGAUUUUUAAGUCUUGAUUUGCAUGAAGCGCCCGGAAAUGCCGGCCUUCAAGACCAAAUUCUUGCUUUAAAAUGGAUUCAGAGAAACAUUGAUGGAUUUGGAGGAGACCCAGAUAGAGUAACUAUUUUUGGACAAUCUGCAGGCGCCGUGUCAACCGAUGCCCUUAUGCUGUCACCAGCCGCAAAGGGUCUCUUUCAACGAGUCAUCUCACAAAGUGGCUCGAUCCUCAAUCCUUGGGCUACAAUUUCUAAUCCUGUUCAACAGGCUUAUCGACUGGGCUAUGCUUUAGGAUUUAAAGGUGACUCUCCAGAAGAGUUGUUAAGUUAUUUAAAAAAUGCUACCGUGCGAAGCAUAAUGGAGAAGGCAAAUGAAAUGGACGCUCCGUAUUCAGAACGAAAUAUGAUGAGCAUUUAUUUUGCACCAGUUGUUGAAAAAUAUUUUCCUUGUGAUGUCACGAAAGAUGCUACAUGCCAAAUUCCUGUAUUGCUGGAAAGACCUUUGGACAUUUUAAAAAGGGGAAGUUACAAUAUUGUUCCAUAUAUUGGAGGUUACACUUCGGGAGAAGGCAUUUUACUUUUUAGAAAUAAACGUGUGGACACCAAAACUUGGCCAAAGUUCAAAACUAGUAACAUGUUUUUCGUUCCAGCCAAUGUUAAUAUGCGUGACAUGGAUGACAGUUCAGCCUCUUCUUUAGCUAAUGAUAUAAGCCAUUUGUACAUAGGAGGAACAUCUGUAGAUUCAAAGCAUGGCGACAAUUUAGUCGAGUACACAACUGAUGUUCAGUUCAUGCAUGGUAUCACAGAAACAUUGCGAUAUAACUAUAAUAUGUCGAAUAGUCGUUAG